GUGUGGGGUUUGUGGUAGACGGUGUGAAUCCGACAAACUCCACAGGUGGCAAGGAGCUGCAGAGCUUCCUCCCGUAGGGGUCCCUGGUCCCCACAGUGUUCCAGGCUCCUCAGGUGGUUGGCUCCUGGAACUGUAGGGCCUGGAGGUGAACUGUGGGGCUUUCCCACCUCAGCAAGAGUUUCUGAGCUGCCCCUCUAGAUGCUUCACUUUUAUAAAAUUCACCCAUGAGGGCUUCCUCAGGUCCUCAGCAUGGAAACUGAUGGUUUUUCUGGCUUUCCCCACUCUCCUGGGCUCAAAUCUCACCCCAAGUCUCCAGACCCCUGAGAAGGCAGACCUGGUCAGGCCUGCCCUCUAUUGAAAAAUCAAGUCCUCACAGCAAGGUGCGUGGAAUGGGGGAUGGGCUUUCCAAGGUGGUGCUAUAGCUUCUGAGGUCCCCUGGGACUAUAGGUGACUGUUUCUACCUGGAGGCAAAGUAGGGAUGGGGCACAAACCCACUGAAAUUCAGAACUCUUGGCAUUAGGAUAGUCUGAAAUGAGAUCUAAGUCCACCUCUAGGCAGGAGGAAACCUCCUUGGGAAACACACUGAGCCUGGUCCUGGUGCACCUGAGGCUGAAGACCUUUCUCUGGCCCGCUGGACACCCUCCUCUGGCCGUGGCCAGACUUGUUAUGAGAGUCUCCUCUCCAUACCCCGCUCCUUAGACCGCCCCAAGCGAUCGUACCUUACUGACAUGAGUAAUUUAAAAUUCUUUGUCUUGAACAGGACUGCUGGGCCAGGCUAGGCGGCAGGACUCAUGCUGACUUCCUCCUUGCCCUGGGCAGAGAAGGAGGCCCUCCCUGGUGUCCCAGCUCCACCACCCUCUGCUCGGCUGUGGGCCUGACCACGUGGAAGGACCCCUUGGCCAUGAACCAGCCUGCCCCCAGGGCACCCCCUCCGCCCCGCCGCGUGCGAUUAAAGCCCUGGCUGGUGGCCCAGGUGAACAGCUGCCAGUACCCAGGGCUGCAGUGGGUCAAUGGGGAAAGGAAAUUCUUCUGCAUCCCCUGGCGCCAUGCCACGCGGCACGGCCCCAGCCAGGACAGAGACAAUACCAUCUUCAAGGCCUGGGCCAAGGAGACAGGAAAGUACACGGAGGGGGUAGACGAGGCGGACCCGGCUAAGUGGAAGGCCAACCUGCGCUGUGCCCUGAACAAGAGCCGUGACUUCCGCCUCAUCUAUGACGGACCCCGGGACAUGCCCCCUCAGCCCUACAAGAUCUACGAGGUCUGCUCUAAUGGCGCCGCUCCCGCAGAGUCGCAGCCCAGUGAGGACUACACUUUUGGUGCAGGAGAGGAGGAGGAGGAGGAAGAGGAAAACGUGAGCUCGGGACCAUUCUUGGCAGCACCUGCCUGCACUGACGUGCUCCAGAGGAUGUUACCAAGCCUGAGCAUCACAGAAGCAGUGCAACCUGGCCCCCCCAUGGCACCCUAUUCUUUACCCAAAGAGGAUGUCAAGUGGCCGCCCACUCUCCAGCCGCCUGUGGUGCUGGGCCCUCCUGCACCAGACCCCAACCUCCUGGGCCCCACCCCCGGCAACCCUGCUGGCUUUGGGGAGCUUCUCCCGGAGGUCCUGCCGAGACUGCAGCCUGGGCCCCUGGCUGCCAGCCUGCCCCCAACGGGCGAACAACUCCUGCCCGACCUGCUGAUCAGCCCCCACAUGCUGCCUCUGACUGACCUGGAGAUCAAGUUCCAGUACCGGGGGCGGCCACCCCAGGCCCUCACCAUCAGCAACCCACAGGGCUGCCGGCUCUUCUACAGUCAGCUGGAGGCCACCCAGGAGCAGGUAGAGCUCUUCGGCCCUGUGAGCCUGGAGCAAGUGCGCUUCCCCAGCCCUGAGGACAUCCCCAGCGACAAGCAGCGCUUCUACACAAACCAGCUGCUGGAUGUCCUCGACCGCGGGCUCAUACUCCAGCUGCAAGGCCAAGAUCUGUAUGCCAUCCGCCUGUGCCAGUGCAAGGUGUUCUGGAGCGGGCCCUGCGCCUCAGCUCACGGCUCACACCCCAACCCCAUCCAGCGGGAGGUCAAAACCAAGCUCUUCAGCCUGGAGCAUUUUCUCAAUGAGCUCAUCCUGUUCCAGAAGGGCCAGAUUAACACCCCACCGCCAUUUGAGAUCUUCUUCUGCUUUGGGGAGGAGUGGCCUGACCGCAAACCCCGAGAGAAGAAGCUCAUCACCGUACAGGUGGUGCCUGUAGCAGCUCGGCUGUUGCUGGAGAUGUUCUCAGGGGAGCUUUCUUGGUCAGCUGAUAGUAUCCGGCUACAGAUCUCAAACCCAGACCUUAAAGACCGCAUGGUGGAGCAGUUCAAGGAGCUCCAUCACAUCUGGCAGUCCCAGCAGCAGCUGCAGCCUGUGGCCCAGGCCCCUCCUGUGGCAGGCCUCAGUACUGGCCAGGGGGCCUGGCCCAUGCACCCGGCUGGCAUGCAACAGUGAGACUGCAGACAGCAACUGACACAGGCUUCCCGGGUGGCUGUGUGGGCUCACGUGAAGGUAUGAUGGCCCCAGUGGGCACCUGACUGGCUGCAGGGCCCUCUAGCUGGGUCUCCUGGAAGUGGCUCUGCACCAAGGAGAGGGGAAGAGAGGUCCAAGUUCCAGGCUUUCUCCUGUAGCACCCGAGGGAAGCUGGAAGCGUUUUGCUUUGAGGACGGUCUUGCUGUGUAUGCCUCUCCUCUGCUCACUCUGGAGGAACUCAGCCAUUAGCCCCAGUGAGCAGAGAAGUUAACUCCACAAAGCCUGGGGGCCUAGUUGAGAGGGAAUUGUCCCAGUGUGGCCCACUCUCGUGGUUGCCCCCAAUUCCUCAGGCAAAAAGAGCCAAGUGCUGUGGGCCAUGCUCCCUCAGCAGGGCAUGGGCCUGAUCUGAUUUUGGGGUUCCCUAGUUUUUGAGCCUCACUUCCUUACAUCUCUCUCCCUGAGAUGGGCACUUAGGUAUCAUACCAGAUCCUUAAGGCCGGCAGCUACCUCCUUCUUGAGAGUCUAAGAAUAUGGGGUAGAAGUGGAAUUUUAUGUCUUUUUCAAUUAAUAAAUAUUAAAAACAGAUUCAGCUAUUUACUUUUUCCAGUACCAGUUGCUUCCAUGCUGUUCUAUCAGACCCUAUUUCUGGUAUCAGCUGACCCUCUUCCCCCUAGCAUCUGCCCUUCAUCUCUGAGGCCACAACAGGAGGAGGGCCUGCCUUUCCAGGCUGAUGAGUCAGUGGGGCUCCAUGAGCUCUCAACUGGCUGGCUUUGCUUUCUAGGAGGAAGCUAGCUGAGGGAAGGGCGUGGAUCUUUAAAUGUAUGCAGUCUAAAAUCCUGUCCAAGUCAAACUCUGAGUACAACUGAUGUUAUGCAGGAAGGUUUGUUUCAUGGAUUCCAAAUACUAUAUAGAGCUCCGCAGUCAAGCUUCUUAGCUCAAAAACCAAUACUUUAACAUACUAUGUGAUCCUAUUUAUAUAAAACUAAAGAAAAUGCAAACUAAUGUACAGUGACAGAAAGCAGAUCAGUGGCUACCGGAGGACGGUAAGAGGCAGGAGGUAGCUUUGGGAGUCAGGGGUACGUUCACCACCUCGACCGUGUUAAUGGCUUCAUGGGUGUACCUACGUCAGAGCUGGUCAACUGUACAACUGAAGUAUGGGCAGCUUAUUCUGUCAGUGGUACGGCAUGUUGUUUUCAAAGACCAAACACUACUCAGUGGGCUAGGAAUCAGUCCACUUGGGUGGCUGUUGUGGAAAGAAUAUCCGAACCACAUUUCUGUUCAACAUGCUGACGGACCCAUUCUCUCUCCCACCGAGGCUGUGUGAAAGGAUAAAGUGCAGCAUGAGGAGUUUUAGGGUGAACUAAAAUAAAAGAUGCAGAAGGAGCCACUCCCCCAAAAUAUGAAGGGUCCGUGGCAUGAAGGGCAGGGCCCACCAUUUAAACUCCAUCUCCAGCUGUCUCCCAGGUAAGGGCUAAGUCCGCUCCCUCACGCGGUCUAGCUGUAUCAUUUCAGAGCUCUGAGGCAGUGGAAGGAAGGAAAAACAAACACUGAUUAAAUUUUAAAAAUUUAUUGUUUUCUUUUCUUUCUUUUUCUUUUUUUUUUUUUUUUGUUUUUUUUUGUUGCUGUUGAUUUGUUCUUGAGAUGGCUACAACACCAGACAGAACAGUGCCCUCGUAUCUAACACCUGUGCGGGGCCGCAACUCCUUUAAAACAUUAAGAUCUGUUUUGGGCUUCCCUCUCCCGCCUCACCCCCCAACGAAAGUCAAGUAAUUUCCACAUUUUUUUUAGUAAAAUACAGUUAGCCCUGUAAACACUUUCCCCCAUACUCCCACCCUUUUUUUUUUUGUCCUCUCUCAUGUCUGUGGGUGAAAAAUUAACUAAAAAACACAAAAAUUAAAAAAAAAAAAACCCUAAAACUUAGAAUAUACAUUUAUAUCCCACUCACCCUAAUUUUGGCUAUUCUCUCCAAGGCCGAUGACAACCCAAUAUGGAUUGGAAAUGGAUUUAGAGACUGGAUAGGGUCAGGGCUGGGAAUAUACAUGAAUUUUGGCCCUGGCAGGUCCUGGUAUCACUGAUGUGACCAUGAUAUAAAACCAACAGGCUCCUCCUUGUCGGAACAACUCUAGAGGUGGGAAGAAACGCUGGGGAGAGUGGGAGAAAUUUCUACUCAUUUUCUUUAAAAGAGGAAGGGAAAGGGAAAGGGAGGGUGGGAGAGAGAAAGAGGAAAAAAUAAUAGAAAACCUUAAGAGAUGAUCCUGACCCUUUUCUUCCAAUUGCAGCGAUGUCAUCUGAAUUCCCAUUUUCCCUAAGUAAAUGGUUUGUUUCACAAAAGUUUGUACUUUUAUUCUGUGUGCACACGCAUGUUAGCAUGUGUGUAUAGGUACAUGUGUGCGUGCGUGUCACUGCUACCAAGUGAACGUUUCAGUUCUGGUUUCAGUUUAGUUUUCCUUUUUUUCCUUUUUUAUUUCUUUAAAAUUAUUUU